GCGGUGCGGCGGGGACAGACCGGUAGAGGAUAGGAACAAUGGAUAAUGAGAAGGAAAAGUAUUUACAAGAUGACUAGAAUGUAUGUCGUUUACCCUGUGUAGAAUUAAUAGCCUAUGGAUAUUUGGCGUCCAAAACUAUUUCCAACCAGUAUCAACAAAAAGUUUCAACGAGGCUAAAUACCAUCAAAAAUGGAGCAGCUAGAUGGCGCUUGGCUGGAUACAAGUGCCCCUUUCCCGGAUGAGAUGCGGAUUUCAGUCCGGAAUGCGACAUCGACGGCCGAGGCUCGGCUCAACUUGUCCCCCCGAACUAAACUGGUUCUGGAGGUGCUGAUGGUGUUGAUGUGUCUCGGCGCAGUCACAGGUAACAUCCUGGUGAUUGUGAUAGUGGCGGCCACCAAGACCUUCCACUGCGUGACAUCAGUGCUCAUUAUGAACCUGGCCAUCAGUGACCUGUUGGUUGGGGUUGGGGUCAUGCCCUUCAUAGCUCUCUCCAUCAUGAACAACGGAUGGGUCGACUGUACUGACCUGUGUCUGUAUGUGGGGUACACCUCCUCAGUCUACUGUACAGCAUCAGUCCUGACCCUGGCAGCCAUCGCCCUGGACCGCUACCACUCUAUCAUGGACUGUCUGCGCUACAGUUCCCACUGUACCCUGUGGAGGAAGGGUGCUGUGGUGCUGUGGAUCUGGCUCCAGGCCCUGGUCACCAGCUGUCCUCCUCUGCUGGGCUGGAGCACUGUGUCCUACAUGGCUCCCAUGUACAGCUGUGCGGUGAACUGGAAGAGCAGUCCCAGCUACACAGCCUUCAUGGCUGCCCUGUCCUUCCUCAUGCCUGCUGCGGUGAUCCUCUUCUGUUACGUCAUCAUCGUCCGUGUAGCCCGGAGCCACGCCAGGAGGAUCCACAACCUGGAGGACCAGCUCCAGAGAAACACUGGAAUGCCGAGCUCCUCCUUCCCGACCGAGAUGACUUCUGAGCGGACUAGUCCGAGGUGUCUAGGUGCCCACGGUCCUUCCACCUCCAGGCUAGUGUAUCAUCUGAGUGGGCGGUUUGUAUCGGAGACCCAUGGAGAGGUUGGGGACGGCGUUCCUUCAGCGUCAGAUCAUACUGCUGGAGCUCCACAGACCUCCAGCUACCCAGGCUCUACCUCCAGCUCCAAUGCUGCAUCCCGGAGACUGUUCUCCUUCCUGGCCCAACACGCCCCCCAUGGCCACCCCCAUCCGCCCCAUCCGCCCCACCAGAACUCCAACUCUAAUCACCUCCAUCACCACGGGGUUGUACGUCUCUUCCUGGUUAUCUCCGCCUUCUUCCUGUGUUGGACUCCAUAUAUAGGCGUUGCGCUAGUCCAGGCUACGGAGACCGCCCUAUCGUGUAAGUCCUCCUUAGUCCCGCCCUCGGCGGUCACCUUCUCCUAUUGGUUGGUUCUGUUGAACUCAGACAUCAAUCCUCUGCUGUAUGCUCUGCUCAGUCAGAGGUUCCAGGGGGCUCUGCGGUGCCUGAAGCAGAAGAUCAGAGUGCGCCUGGGGGGGGAACGUGGUGGGGAGGGGGGGGAGGCGAGACCAGGGGUGAGGGAGAGGAGGGGAGGAGCAGUGAACCAUGUGACCCAUGUACUCUGA